CUUCUUUUAGGCCAUAAAUUCACUACAAACCAACAUUUGAGCAAAUUGUACAUCCCCCACCUUCCAAUAUGCCAAUUUCUAGAACAUCACAAAAUCCUACUGCUAAAAAAAGAAGUCCAAUCACACUAUGUGCCAUCGUAUGCCUUGCAUUGAUAGUCAUUGUUGGGCUAGCCAUCCUCAUAACCUGGCUCGCGAUCAAACCCAAGAAGAUCCAGUACUCUGUCGAUGAAGGGUGGAUUCGAGACUACAACUUGACCAACGGUCACCUAACUUCAACCUUUAACUUUGUCCUUCGAACCUAUAAUCCGAACCAUAAGGCCUCGAUAUACUAUGACAAAAUGGAUGUCACAGUGUACUAUCGUGGCCAAAAUGUUGCGUAUGAUAAGGUGGAACCAUUUCAUCAGCCUAAACAGAAUGUGACUAGGAUUAUGUUUCAGAAUACAGCUAAAGAUGUCACGCUUCAAUCUGAUUCGGUUAAGUACUUGAAGAACGAGAGGAACGGUGGACAGGUUGAUCUAGACAUCAAGAUCAAGGCAAAGAUAAGGUUUAAGGUAGGAUUGUUGAAAACGCGACAUUAUAAAGUGAAGAUUUUGUGCAGUCCUGUAGUGGUAAACUUCUCUGAUGAUAAGAGGUUCCAAAAGGUAGACUGUGAUGUGGACUACUGAUAUUUAUUUAUACUGGAGACUGGAGUGAUCAUUUUGGUGCCAUUGGGGUUUUAUUUUCUCUGUUUUUUUUUUUUAUUGAUUGCAUUGCUCAAUUCAUUGAAAUUCAUUAGUUUGUGUGUUCUUGUUGUUUCUCUUCUGUUUUGUAACAUUUUGGUUUUUCUUAUUUUGGUUUUCUGAGAGAAAUGAGUGGAGGUUUGAAUGGGUGGACAUGGACCAUCAUUUUUUCUGUAAUGUAUAAAUAUCAUGUAUAACGAAGUUGGUUAAAAUGUUUGCCUGUUGAAGUAUUUAUGACGAAUCUGCUUCUCUAAGGAGAUCUGCUGUAAAACUA